GCGCGAGGCCUCCGUCGCGGAGCGAUGACGUAAGGGCUCCGGCCCUGUCCUGUCAGUCAGAGUGGUUAGGUACCAGCAGAGGGGCUCCGCCGGGCCCGCGCAGGUAUGGCGGCGGUGUUUGACCUGGACCUGGAGACGGAGGAAGGCAGCGAGGGCGAAGGCGAGCCAGAGUUCAGCCCGGCGGAUGCGUGUCCCCUUGCCGAGUCGAGGGCGGCUGGCCUGGAGCCUGUGGGACACUAUGAGGAGGUGGAGCUGACAGAAACCAGUGUAAACCCGGGCCCUGAGCGCAUUGGGCCCCACUGCUUUGAGCUGCUGCGCGUGCUGGGCAAGGGCAACUAUGGCAAGGUGUUCCAGGUGAGAAAGGUGCAGGGCACCAACCUGGGCAAAAUCUAUGCCAUGAAAGUCUUGAGGAAGGCCAAAAUCGUGCGCAAUGCCAAGGACACAGCCCACACCCGGGCUGAGCGGAACAUUCUAGAGUCAGUGAAGCACCCCUUCAUUGUCGAGCUGGCCUAUGCCUUCCAGACUGGCGGCAAACUCUACCUCAUCCUCGAGUGCCUUAGUGGCGGCGAGCUCUUCACGCGGCUGGAGCGAGAGGGCAUCUUCCUGGAAGACACGGCCUGCUUCUACCUGUCAGAGAUCACGCUGGCCCUGGGCCACCUCCACUCCCAAGGCAUCAUCUACCGGGACCUCAAACCUGAGAACGUCAUGCUCAGCAGCCAGGGCCACAUCAAGCUGACGGACUUCGGCCUCUGCAAGGAGUCUAUCCACGAGGGCACGGUCACCCACACCUUCUGUGGCACCAUCGAGUACAUGGCCCCUGAGAUUCUGGUGCGCAGUGGCCACAACCGGGCGGUGGACUGGUGGAGCCUGGGGGCCCUGAUGUACGACAUGCUCACUGGAUCGCCACCCUUCACUGCAGAGAACCGGAAGAAAACCAUGGACAAGAUCAUCAGAGGGAAGCUGGUGCUGCCACCCUACCUCACCCCGGAUGCCCGGGACCUUGUCAAAAAGUUUCUGAAGAGGAAUCCCAGCCAACGGAUUGGGGGUGGCCCAGGGGACGCCGCCGACGUGCAGAAACAUCCCUUCUUCCGGCACAUUAAUUGGGAGGACCUCCUGGCCCGCCGCGUGGACCCCCCUUUCCGGCCCUGCCUGCAGUCGGAGGAGGACGUGAGCCAGUUUGACACCCACUUCACGAGGCAGACACCGGUGGACAGUCCAGAUGACACGGCCCUCAGUGAGAGUGCCAACCAGGCCUUCCUGGGUUUCACGUACGUGGCGCCCUCCGUCCUGGACAGCAUUAAGGAGGGCUUCUCCUUCCAGCCCAAGCUGCGCUCUCCCCGGCGCCUCAACAGCAGCCCCCGGACCCCUGUCAGCCCCCUGAAGUUCUCGCCCUUCGAGGGAUUCCGGCCCAGCCCCGGCCCGCCAGAUCCCACGGAGCCCCCUCUGCCUCCUCUCCUGCCCCCGCCGCCUCCCCCGCCGCCCUCAAGCACUGCCCCCCUCCCCAUCCGACCCCCCUCAGGAACCAAGAAGUCCAAGAGGGGCCGCGGGCGCCCUGGGCGCUAGGAGGACAGGUGGGGAGGUGGGCAGCGUGGAGACCACUCCCUCUCUGGUGGGACCCUGGGCCAGUUCCAGAGACCUGGGGCUGAGUCCAGGGUACAGGAUUGCAUGUGUGUGAGCGUGUGUCUCUGUUGGGGGCGGCUGUGCCCUUGAAUCAUGAACGCCAAGGGCCGCCGGCUGUGGCUGCCGGUAGAGGGCAUCCACCUGGCCUCCCGCAGUUGAGCUAUGCCCUUGGAGAAUUAAAAGUUUUGAAUCAUGGCA